UCAGGCGGUGAGUGCCCAGGAGCAGGGGCUGUCUUUGGUCCGAUACCUCUGCGACACACGUGGGACUACAGGGUCCUUCCAGAGCAGGACUCUGAGGUACUAGAGGAAUGCAGGCACCGCUCAAAGCCUCAGCAGAUUUACAGUCUAUUUGUGCAUUGUUUGGUACUCAUGGUUAAAGAUUAGCAAAGAUUAAGAAGUAACAAAUCAUUAGAGCAAUGUGACAGAUUUGCCUGUAAGAGCUUGUAGAAACUAUAUAGAAUAUGCGGAGAAAUAUUCCAGAUAAGUUAACUGACCACAAAGUAGUGCUACAGAUGCCAGGGUGCCUCUUUCCUGCAACUCAGCAAACAGUUUACUGUACUCCAUUUUUACAGACAUCUCCACUGGAACCAGAAAUCCCUUCAGUCUGUGAGGCAAGAAAUUUCGACCUGAAAAACCCCUCCCUCCAGCCGCAGUCAGGUGGCAUGAAACACUUGCAAGGCUUAAAUUAUUGAAAAGUCACAAUGAGCAGAGUGGAACAAACAGAUUUCCUGGAGCAGAAAAGCCAGACUGAACAUCGAGGAACGAGGCAUCCAGGGACCGAAGUUCCCCCUGCCCCCCCGCCAGCACCAGGAAUGGCAGCAGCCCGAGUGCCUCCUGCAGAGCUGCGAGGUCCUUGUGCAGUGACACAAGGGACCCCUGCGCAACAGGCUCCUGGGAAAUGUAGUCUGUCACCAACGCUACCCUCUGCCAGGAAACCGACAGUGCAGCACGGACCUGUAUUCACAAUAUUCGCUCUGGGAAAACGGUUUACUUUUGUGACUGAGGAAGAAGGAACUGAAGCAUUUUUUAAAUCUAAAGACUUAAAUUUUGAACAGGCGGUACAACGAGCUGUCGAGAAUGCAGUUUCCGUCCCUGCAGAAGCAUUUUAUCAGAACCAUGGUAACCUCUACAGCAUGAUGAAGGGAAAAAUGGGUCCUUCUAAUCUGCACAUGUUCACGGGCACUUUGUGUAAGGAACUACAUGAGCACAUGGCACACCUGGGCACGGAGGGAACAGGCGACCUCAAUGACCUGGUAAGGCAUGUCAUGUAUCCAGCAGUGGUGAACACUUUGUUUGGGAAAGGCAUCUUCCCGACAAGUCAGAGUGAAAUCAAGGAGUUUGAAGAACAUUUUCAGAAGUACGAUGAGGACUUUGAAUACGCUUCUCAGAUGCCCGAGUGCUUCCUGAGGAACUGGUCUAAAUCCAAAAAAUGGCUUCUAAAAUUAUUUGAGAAAGUAGUGUCAGAUGCUGAAAGGACCAACCCUUCAGAGGCCACAUCCAAGACACUACUCCAACAUCUCCUGGAUAACUUGCAAGGAAAACAUCUAGCUCCCAAUUAUGGUCUUCUGAUGCUCUGGGCUUCCCAAGCAAAUGCUCUCCCUAUUGCAUUCUGGACCCUUGUUUUCAUACUGUCUUAUCCUUCCAUUUACAAGAAAAUCAUGGAAGACCUGGCUUCUGUUUUUGGUAAAGCAGGUAAAGAGAAGAUAGAAGUCUCUGAAGAGGAUCUUAAGAAGCUCCCUUUUAUUAAAUGGUGCACUUUGGAAGCCAUACGGCUGAGAUCUCCGGGUGCAAUCACUAAGAAAGUAGUAAACCCGAUAAGAAUUCAGAAUUUCACCAUCCCGGCAGGUGACAUGCUGAUGUUGUCGCCAUACUGGUUGCACAGGAAUCCAAAAUAUUUUCCUGACCCAGAAAUGUUCAAACCUGACCGCUGGAAAGAGGCAAAUUUAGAGAAGAAUGCUUUCUUGGACAGCUUUGUGGCAUUCGGAGGAGGGAAGCAUCAGUGUCCAGGAAGGUGGUUUGCUAUCAUGGAGAUCCAGUUGGUCGUUGCGCUGUUCCUGUACAAAUAUGAAUUUGUGCUUUUGGAUGCAGUACCAAAGGAGAGCCCUUUACAUUUGGUGGGGACGCAGCAACCCAUGGCACCAUUCCGGGUGCAGUAUAAGUGCCGGGAAUGAAAGCUGCCAGCACUAACUUCCCUUCCUUUGCCAGCCACCCCGGAUGGAUGGACCACUGAGCUGCUUCCUUGUCCUACAUCUUCAGAUGGGUUCUCUGCCUUAACAGUUCUUAAUUUCAACUUUAAAUGCUGUACAUACUCUGCGCUGUGGUAUGCCAUACCGGCAUAGUCGUACCCGUGCUCCUCACCUGAUCGCCUACCUCCUAGUAUUUAAAAAUCAAGCUCUCCUGCUGCACUUAUAAUUUGUGGGCUGAUAAUUCACAGACUCUGCAAAUCUGACACACUGAAGUCACCAACCAGACGGGACAAAAAGCUGCUGUGUCUGGAAAUCCUGCACAGAAGUUGUGCUAGAACCAGCGGCAGGGCAGGUCCCUCAGGCCAGGUCACUGCUUCCUGCGGGUCUCUUCAAACCAGGGGCAAAGCGGAGCCUUGUGGUAACUCCACGCAGCUCCCUGGCACUGGUGUCCACCAAAUACAGGACAGUGCUGAGCAGAGGCCUCCGGAUCAGAUCCACAGCCACGAUAAACUGGCAUGACUUCAGUGUCACUGCCUGUGUAGGUAGGUGAAGGUUUGGCCUGCUCCGCCUACAACUGGUGCCAACUUUUUGCGAAUGAAAUGCAUUUGUAAUGGAAAAAUGGUGAGCAUGGGAAACACUGGGGUCUUGUUCCACUGGAGCACCUAAAAUUUCUACUGAGCUUUAUUUGCCUCACAGGAUUCAGAAUCGGUCCUUGCAUGAACAUGCAAUGGAAGUUUGAUUGUGACGUUUGGCUUCUAAUGAAGUGAUUGCAAGAAAAGCUAUUGCUAUUCAUUAGACUGGCUGUCUAAUACCUAGAACAUUUUUUCUUUCCCUUUCACAUGACUUAUAGCACAAAUUGCACAAAUCUAUAAAUAUUUAAUCCUAUAAAGCAUACCUAGUAAACGUUGUUCAAAGAAGCUGUCAAAUAAGUUCAGAUACCAACACUUUAGCUGCUGUCAGAUUUCAUGUACGAUAGUAGCUGGCAUGUACUUUCAGUCUUUUCAGUAAAGAUUGUUCAUCAUCUUAAGAGGUAUUUGCAAAAAACCACAAAUGGACUUUCAACAACAGUAGAACGACGAGAAAAGCAUCCGUAGGAAAAUAACACGUUGUAUAAUUCAUUAACUGAAUUAAUGGUAAUGGAUACAACAAUUUAACAAACUUCAAUGAUUUAUAUGGCUGGAAAAUGAUUCGUCCAACUUCUAAUUUAGCUCAUAAUGGUUAACUCUGCAAGAGCUGCACUCUUAACUGCUGUUUCAGUAUCUCUUCUGUAACUGAAAACUACUCCCUCGUUUUCAUGUGUGGUCAUUACCUAAAAGUGUAUAUUUUAAUUUUAAAAUUUGGAAAUGUCCACAAUAUCUGUUCAGUUAUCGUGUAGUUUUGCGAAGGUAAUUUUUUUCCCAGUGUGCAUUUCUUUUUAUUUUUUCUGUUUAAUUAAUUUUGGCGUUUGUGUUUUUGCAUGUGUGUGGUUUUGUUUUGGUUGGGUUUUUCUUCCCAAGAGCGGUAAUUCAAAAAAGUAAAACUCUGUAAUGGCAAACUUGACUUUAGAGUAAAAGGUCAUAGAAUCACAGAAUCACAGAAUCACAGAAACAUUAAGGUUGGAAAAGACCUCUAAGAUCAUCAAGUCCAACCGCCAGCCCAACACCCCCAGGCCUCCUAAACCAUGCCCUGAAGUGCCACGUUUACAUGUUUUUUUGAACACAUGUAGAUGUUUAGGUCCCUAAAGGAAAGUAUAACCGGAAGGUCAGCACCAAUGUGGUUAGAAUGAAUAAAAGGCACCUGAAGCCACCUGUGAA